CGGAUCCGACCUCUGCAUCGUCACCGCUGGGGCCCGCCAGAUCCCCGGCGAGUCCAGGCUCAACCUGCUCCACCGGAACGUCGCCCUCUUCCGCAAUGUCAUCCCGCCGCUCGCCAAGUACUCGCCCGACACGAUCCUGCUGAUCGUGUCGAACCCAGUCGACAUCUUGACCUACGUGGCCUGGAAGCUGUCCGGGUUCCCCAGCAAUCGGGUUGUCGGGUCGGGUACCAAUCUGGACUCUUCGCGGUUUCGAUUCCUCAUUGCUGAUCAUCUUGAUGUCAACGCUCAGGAUGUGCAGGCUUACAUUGUUGGGGAGCAUGGUGACAGCUCAGUGACAUUGUGGUCGAGCAUUAGCGUAGGGGGAAUGCCGGUGUUGAGUUUCUUAGAUAAGCAAGAAAUAGCAUACGAGAAAGAGACGCUAGAGAGCAUCCACAAGGUGGUUAUAGACAGUGCAUAUGAGGUGAUCAGUCUAAAAGGAUAUACUUCUUGGGCAAUCGGGUACUCUGUGGCCGCGCUAGCUUGGAGCAUAUUGAGAGAUCAGAGGAAGAUCCACCCGGUCUCGGUGCUUGCCAAGGGGUUUUACGGGGUGGACGGUGGAGAUGUGUUCUUGAGCUUGCCGGCCCAGCUCGGGAGAGGUGGGGUUUUGGGGGUUACCAAUGUGCAUUUGACUGAUGAGGAGGCUCAGAGGCUGAGGGACUCGGCUAACACCAUCUUGGAGCAGCAGAGUCAGUUGGGAUUAUGAAUUUGAUCACCAAGAACGUGGUGGGAUUGAUAUCUCAUCAAUCUUAGUUCUCACUUCGCUGCUUCAGUUUGUUCGUUUCCAAGGCAACAAUUGUCCAGUUUUUGGCUUCAACUAACAGAUGGUCACUUCACGUUGUAUUGCGGUUUUGGCUUCUUACUGUCGCCUUUUGUUUUGUUUCUCAUGUAAUAAAUAUUUAAUCAUGCAGUUGGAUUAUAUGUCUUUUAAGACUAGUUUCUAUAUUUGAAUUGAAACUAUCUUUGAACGGAACUAGGAUUUAUACCUCCUUUGAUUC